GUUUGUCAAUGUGUCGAGUUUGAGUGCUGACACCUGAUGGGUUUGCAUUUUGUCUUUUUCCUUUUCCCUUUCUUUUUCUUUUUCUUUUUCUUUUCUUCUUUCGGUGGGAUUUGCUUACUAUAUCGGCGUAUACCCCUCCUCCUAUCCUAUGAUUUCACGCAUUAUGUUUUAUGUCAUGUUAUGUUUAUGGAUUUCUAGUGGGAUAUGAACUGUUAGAUACCUCUUACAGUAGGGUUCCUAGCUAGCUAGAUUACUUGAGAAAUGACGGGUGUUAUUCAAGCUCAUUUUAAUAUAUGUCAAAGUUGAAUUUGGG